UGCCGACUCCUGCUCCCAAAUUUAGCCCCUGCAGCUCUCUGGGACUUCAGAUAGCUGGCGAACCUUCCGGAACGAGACGGCGGAGUUUGUUAAACUUGGGCUGCACUGUGAUUUUUUAACACCCACUGUCUCUGCUGAACCGGACCCCCAAGCAUGGAGCCCCCCAGACAGGGCCCUGUCCAAGAUAAAGGGCCAAGCACAAAGAGAGCAGACCCAGAGCUGGACGCCGGUGUGUACAUGAACUUCAUGAGGAAUCACUGCUGCUAUGACACCAUUCCUACCAGCAACAAACUGGUGAUCUUCGACACCACGCUGAAGGUGAAGAAGGCCUUCUUAGCCUUGGUGGCUAACGGUCUGAGGGCUGCCCCUCUGUGGGAUUCCAGGAGGCAGUGUUUUGUAGGAAUGCUAACCAUCACAGACUUCAUUAACAUCCUCCAUCGGUACUACAGGUCUCCCAUGGUGCAGAUUUACGGACUGGAAGAGCACAAGAUUGAGACCUGGAGAGCAGUGUACCUGCAGUACUCCAUCAACUCUUUGAUCAGCAUCAGCCCUGAGGCCAGCCUGUUUGACGCCAUCUACGCUCUGCUGAAAUACAAGAUCCACCGACUGCCCGUGAUCGACCCGGAGUCAGGAAACGUGCUGCACAUAAUGACUCACAAGCGUAUCCUCAAGUUCCUGCACCUGUUUGGUGCGAUGAUCCCAAAGCCACGCUUCUUGCAGAGGAAAAUCGGGGACGUGGCUAUUGGAACAUUCAGGAACAUUGCCAUGGUCCGGGAUACUGCCUCAGUGUAUGACGCCCUGUCCAUUUUUGUGGAGCGACGUGUGUCUGCUCUGCCUGUGGUCAACGAGAAAGGGAAGGUGGUCGGCCUCUACUCCAGGUUUGAUGUGAUUAAUCUGGCCGCCCAGAAGAGCUAUAACGACCUGGACAUUACCAUGCGUCAGGCCCUGCAGGGGAGGGUGUGCUAUGUGGAGGGAGUCAUCAAGUGCUACCCCCACGAGACCCUGGAGGUCAUAAUCGACCGCAUCGUGGAGGCAAAGGUUCACCGGCUUGUGAUGGUGGACACGGAGGACAUGGUGAAGGGCAUCGUCUCGCUCUCCGACCUGCUGCAGGCCAUGGUUUUGACGCCCGCGGGCGUAGACGCCCUUUUUUCGUAGCACCUGGGGGGGGGGGUGUCUGUCCACCCUCAAUCCUCAACUCCUUACAGCCUUUUCCCCCCAUCCAAGAGAUAAAGAAUAAAAUGGAGAGAACUGUACAGUGGAUGAAGAAUGGACAGAUUUGAAUUCUUAAAUGUAACUGUCUGCAGUACAUUACUGUGAAAUGCACUACUAACAACUUUAAGGCAAUGUAUUUUGUCUCCAGGCAAAUACUAAUUUUUUUAUAUCCAUUACUUUUUUUUAAACUGUGAUGUCUGGCUAUUUAUUUAUUAUUUUUUAAUCUUGUAAAUUUUCUUGUAAAUUUUAUAUGAGUGAGUAGCUGGAUACUAGUGCAGUGGAACAGUGCAUUUGGCACGUAUGAUGACUGAAAACACAACAUAACUAUUUUGAAAUAAUAUAAUUGUGCAUUAGUCCAUUUCAGCAGUAGCACUACUGUUAUUAUCUAGCAGAAUCAUAACGAAUAGACUUGAUUCAGGGCGGGUAAACCUGUCUCUAUCGCUAUAGAAUGUUCCAUAGACAAGAAAGUCUUAAACCAACAUUGCCUUUUCCUGAGACUCAUCUCUUUGUUUCCACAAUACAGAAAACUGAAUAACCUCUACCAGAGUGCUUUUUACAAUUGACUCUUCUGGAUUUCUUGUUGGAGGUGGUUGUGAACAAACAAUUGCAUUACAGUAGCCUACUAUGGAUAUGAGAACAACAUCCCUUGCUCAAAUAUGUUGUGUGAAGAUUCAGUGUUCACAGGUCACCUGUUGGCAUCAGAGAGGUCCAACCUGAUUGGUUUCCCUGCUUGUUGCAACAGGUCCAUCUAGUGGUAAUUAGUUUAAAUGACUUACCAAGUGUGCUAUUCAGAAUAUUGAUAUUCAGAAGUGAAAUCAGUCUUGCUGAAGUGGAUAUCUAAGGGGGGGAUCAUGGUCACAGAAUGGUCAAGGUAUUUUGUUGACUCAACUGAGAGACUGCACUGUUUUUUUAAUAUAAAAUUGCCCCGCGUUCAGCAUAACCAACAACUUAAACAGAACCAAUCCCUCACUAUACCACCUUCAUCCCUGUUGCUUUAUUGUGUUCAUCAUCAGCACACUUUACUGCAUCACGCUGUGCUCACACAGGCCUUCCUUCAUUUUCUCACUUCGUGUGCUGAUUUUUUGGAUAUUUCUCAGAAAGGUGAAAAGGGUAGAGGAGAUGAGAUAUGCUGUGCUCACUCUUGCUUCGCCUGUCCUUGUGUUGCUAAACCACGAUGUCGUCAUACUGUAUGCCCCGAAGUGCCUCUAGGACUGCACCUCUGUUAUACAGGCCUCCAAAAACAAAUAUGGCACGGUACAUCUAGU